CUAGGCAGGCGCGGGCAAGAUCUCACUGCAUGGGCACUUUUUAACAGACAGGUUUCAGAUUUGCGGCAUUUGCAGGCAUGGUAUGGCUGGAGAACAUAGACUGGAGAUCUUUCGGCGAUGGUGUUUGAUACCUUCUGGGCAGCGGAACGGUGUUUGGGGAUCAAAAUCACAAAAGCCUGGGGGCCUGGGUAAAAGCACGGAUACGGGCGGUGCACAGGUUCUGGUGUGCUGGACUGGAACUCUUUUUUGGAUCUGCCGGGUGGAAGUUCCAUCAAUCCCCUUUUUCCUUACUUUAAUCAUGUGUUUUUUUUGCUCGAGUCUAUCUCUCUUCGCUUCGACCUGAUUUGCCCUCACCACUCUCACUCUUCCUCCCCCACCUUCCGACCAACAAAUUGACCAAGAU